AAAUAGGCAUUGAAGCGUAAUGGACUCUUUAUAAGUACAGCUUUAUCACCAAUCCAAUUGCUUACCUUAUAUAGUUUGUUUUAUAUAGUAGGCCUUCCACUUCUCUUUAUACCUCAGAGUCAUGUUCAACUCCAAUGAGAAUUCUUGUCCAGAAAAUGAAAGGAAGGAUGGAUGCCGAAAGGUGUGCAUUAUAGGGGCAGGAAUGAGUGGAAUUCUUGCAUUCAAAUAUUUACUUAACACAGAUGUGAAUCUCACUGUAUUCGAAGCCAAGGAAGGAAUUGGAGGAGUGUGGAGGGAAACAUUUGCAUCAACAACGCUACAGACUCCUCGUCCUGCCUACCAGUUCACUGAUUUUCCAUGGCCAAGUCAUGUUACAGACCGAUUGCCCACACAGUCCCAGGUUAUGGAUUAUUUGAACAGCUAUGCAGAGAAUUUUGGUCUGAUGGACCGCAUCCAGUUCAAUUCCAAAGUAGUGGGUAUUCGAUAUAUUGGCGAACAGAGCAUGGAAUGUAGUGGACUGUGGAGUAAGAAUGGAGGCCCAUAUACAGAGGGUAGAGCUUGGGAAGUUGGUGUUCAGAAGAGGAAUGGAGGUUCCAUAGAGUGGCAUCAUUUUGAUUUCGUGGUUAUGUGCAUCGGUAGAUAUGGAGAUGUGCCCAAUAUCCCAUCAUUUCCUCCCAACAAAGGGCCAGAGCUAUUUGAAGGAAAAGUUUUGCAUACCAUGGAUUACUCUGCCUUAAACAAAACAGAGGCCUAUGAGCUUCUAAGAGGAAAAAGAGUUAUAGUUAUUGGAUUUCAGAAAUCAGCGUUGGACUUUGCUGUAGAAUGUGCUGAGGCAAAUCAAGGAGGAGGUGGGAAAUCUUGCACAAUGAUUUUUAGAACAGUGCACUGGACGGUUCCCUACGAUCAUAAAUGCUGGGGAGUGCCCUUAGUAUAUUUGUAUGGUACACGUUUCACCCAAUUUUUACUUGACAAACCUAAUAGGGGUUUCCUGCUAAGAUCAAUAUCUCACUUAUUUGCACCAUUGAGAUGGGCAAUCUCCAAGUUUGUGGAGUUUUACCUGCUUUGGAAAUUCCCCUUGAGAAAGUAUGGGCUUGUUCCAGGUCACAGCUUUCUUCAAGAGAUAUCUUCUUGUCAAAUUGCAACACUUCCAGAAAAAUUGUUUUCAAAAGCAGAGGAAGGCCUUAUUCAAUUUAGAAAAGCAUCUACUUGGAGUUUUUCAAGAAAGGGGAUUAUAAUAGAUGAUAUAACAGAGGUAGAAGCUGACGUGGUGGUAUUGGGUACUGGCUAUGCUGGGGAAAAGAAACUGAAGACUUUGCUUCCAAAGAAUUUUUCACAUGUUCUUGAAAAACCAAAGGGUGUAAUACCUUUGUACAGGGGUCUCAUUCAUCCAAAAAUCCCUCAAAUGGCAAUCAUGGGUUAUCCAGAGAGUCUAUCAAAUCUUCAUUCUUCUGAGAUCCGAUCUCAAUGGCUGGCUCAUUUUCUAUCAGGCAAAUUUGUGCUACCAAGUAUCAAGGACAUGGAGGCAUACACAGAUAGGCAGGAAAAAUUUAUGAAGAGAAUUACACCCUUCUAUUGGAAAACCUGUCAUGCCACAUUUCAGAUAUCAGACAAUGACAAUCUUUGUGAAGACAUGGGAUGGAAACCACUGAGAAAACAGAACUGGUUUCAGGAACUAUUUUCUCCAUACAGCAACCUUGAUUACAUGCAGAUGUAGAAAUCAUUUUCAGAUUACCAUAUAUUUCCUCCUCUUCUGCGUGUGAGACAAUGUAUUGUAAUAGCAUAUUGCUAUUUAGUAUUAAUCAAUAAAAUCUAUGGUCGCUGAGAUUCAAA